AUGCCGAAACCUAGCAGUGGCAAAGAUGGACUCUUUGCAGCGUGGCUGCAGAAAUUGGCAGAGACUCAAGCCUUCACGAGUAGUGCGGAUAUUCAGGCUGAAGUAUGCAUGAAGAAAGAGGACCAGCCAUUUUGUGAGCGCCUAAAAUGUGCAAGAGAUCAUUGGCAAUUAACAGAUGGGAAGAGCAGCAGCAACACCCAGGAAUUCUGGGAUGAUCACGUCAAGGGGGAGCUGGGAAAACUUCUUUCUGAUACGACUACUGGUAAUGGUGGCAGUACUGAUCAUUGCGAAAACGGCCCUUCUAUGGAUAGUGCAAAUAAGGAAGCAUGCAAACACAUGACAAAAUAUUUGAAUCAAAUGUACCAAAAUGCAAAUGGAGGCACUAAGGGACUGUCUGAUCAAAUUAUAAAAUGUGCUCUUUUAAAAGAAUAUGCUAAAAAAUUAAAAGACGAAGCCAAGAACAGAGGUUAUUGUGACAUAAACGAAGGGAUAAGUCACGCUUUCAAUCAAAGUAAUACCAUUAAGAGUUCAGCAACCAAUUGCCAGAACGGUGGUCCAUGUAUUGAUUGUACACAAAACGAAAAUUAUGUUAGUUGCUUCAGUGACAGUGAUGAAAUAAAGCGGAAAGUUGAUGACAUGAUCAAGGGGAAGGACGCCCAAAUACAACAAGCCUUAACUGAUAUGAAUAAUAAAAGUACUUUAUGUGAACGAGUAAAAUGUGCAGCGAAUUGGUAUAAGACCACGGGAAAGGAGGAAUUUUGGACGAAGAGUGUCCAGCACCUCUGGACAGAACUGUCCACAGCAAUGUCGAAUAAUGGCAAAAAGGAGAACGACGAUUGUACUCAAAUGGAUGGCUAUAGACCAGGAACUCAUUCUGAAAAGGCGGCAUGCAAUUAUUUGUACGCCGGCUUAAAACAACUGUACCAGCCGGAGGCGACGACGACGGCAGGCGACAACGACAUCCUUAAGAAGAACCUAUCGUUUAGACAAGCGGUGGGUUGUUUCUUACUUCAUUCCUAUGCAAAUAAAAUGAAAAAGAAGGCUGUUUGUGAGAUUGAUGCUGGUAUAAAGAAGGCCUUUGAUUCGUGGAGGGACCCCAGUACUAAGGCAACUGAUACUUGCAAGAAGGAUUCCAAUGGCAAGGAACCUUGUGUCUCUUGCCCAUGGCAAGGAGACAUCCUUGAAAGCUGCAAAAUUAACGGAAAUGGCGUAGUUGGCACCUCUACUGAGAAUGUUGAGAACAAAUUGAAGACCGCCGUCAUUAAGGAGGAUGAUGCCAGAAUAAAAGAAAUGGCGAAGGUUGUAAAUGAAAUGAAAUUCUGUGAUCGUGUCGAAUGUGUAGCGGCCCGAUGGAACAAACAAAGUAACGGUGGCAGCAGUCGAACACAUACUUGGAAUAAAGUGUGGGAAGACGAUAACGGUGUAAAGAAGGAAUUGAGGGAACUCUCUAAGGAGAUAGGAACGAAUGAAACAGAUAAAACUGUCACCGGUCUUUGCAAAAUAGAUGAAAAAAGUGGAAAGGAUGCUUGCAUCCUUAUAGCAUCAGGACUAAAAAGUCUCUACGACAUCAAAGAUAAGGAUGCUGGUGGUACGGACGAUGCCGUUACGGCAUCGUUCAAAAGAACAAUGCAAUGUGUUUUAUUAAAUGCCCUUGCAGAUAAAAUGAAGGACGAUCUGCCAUGUAAAGAGGAAAGGAAUGUUAAUGCAGGGAUUGAGGAGGCAUUUAAGAAGAGUGCUGAAAUUAUGGGUCAGGGUAAAGGUUGCCUGAAUGGUAAUGAUAAGUGUUUUAAGUGCAGUAGGGUACCCUUAAGAACCUUCGUACUUUGUAACCUAGACUCCAAGAGAAAUACUCAGAAUGUAAAGACGGAAGUGGAUAAACUGCUCGACGACAAAAACGGUGGACAGGCAGAAAUGAAGCAAAUUUGGGAUAAAGCUAUAAAAGACAUAUGUAAACCGUGUACAGAUAAAGGUGACCUCUGUACUCAACUUAAAUGCAUUGCGCCUAAAUGGGCCGUGAAUAGACAUCAGAAGGAAGACCAAGGUACCUGGAGUAAUAUGGAGAAUGAUUUUAAGGGGAGAUUGGGGGAACUCCUAAAGGACAUGAAGAACACGAACUACCAGGAUCCUGAAGGAAAAUACUGCACCGCCUGGAGCGAUAGCGACGCCCAUGGCUUCGCUAACAAAACUGCAUGCAAACUUGUUGCAGCAGGACUGCAACAUAUUUCGAAAAUUCAGGAAUCUCUCUCCACGAGGCAGCAUAAGCCCUAUGAUAACCAAGAGUUUAAACAGUUUGCUUCUUGCUUAAUGUUAAAAGCCGUUGCACAAAAAAUGAAAGAAGACAGCAAAAUUUGUGACAUAGAACCGGGGAUUAAGGCCGCUUUUGAGAAGGCACAACAAAUUAAAGACGCUAAUUGCAAGAAUGAUAAACCUUGCAUUGUUUGCAAAUGGGACGACAAGACUAAGGACGAACUUAAUGCUUGCACCAUUAGCAAUGGCAAAGGCCCCACUGUCAAUGUAAAAGAGAAAUUGAAUGACGUGCUCACGAAAGAAAAAAAGAAAGACGUCGAAGGCACCCUCCAGGAAUUACUUAAAACAGACCAACCCGAGGGGGUACCCCUCUGUAAUCGUCUCCAAUGUAUAGAAGCCCGAGUUAAAGAACAGCAGGCGCAGACACAGGGCAAGAGCAACGCGGACGACUUCUGGACAGAGAAAGGCGAAGUUGGCAAACUAUGGAACCAAUUGGCACAAGCAGUGACCACAAAUGGCAAAACCAUAAACGGAACUGAAUGUACGACAAUGGAUGAUAAUAGGCAACCCACCGAACCGGAAAAAAAGGCAUGUCAAUAUCUUACAGUAGGUUUUAACAAACUGAAGGAAAAUCUAACGAAUGAUACUUCAACUUACCCCAUCCUGAGUAAGGACCCACUGUUGAGACAAACAGUGGGUUGUUUACUCCUUAAGGAAUAUGCAAAAAAAAUGAAGGGUCAAUCGAAAUGUCUUAUCGAAUCAGGAAUAAAGAAAGCUUUUGGUUCAUGGAAGGUUAAUAAAUCAUCUCCUUGCACGGCUAAUAGUGGUCCGUGCAUUGAAUGUAAUUGGGAAGAUAACGAAUAUGAAAAUUGCAACGUGAACAUUACCAUAAAUGGCAAAACUGAGAUUGCAAAAACCAAAGUUCAAGGCAUGGUGGAGGACGGCACCUUAUCUACCAGCAUGGUCGACAUAAACAAAACACAAUCUUUAUGUGAAAAACUCCAAUGUGCCACACCCAAAUGGUUCCAAAACAAAAUGAAAGAGAAUAGUAGUACGAAGAAGGAUUGGUGUGACUUUUGGAAUCAGGGUGUUAAACCAACUCUGGAAGGUUUGUUCAAACACAUCGAUGAGGAAGGAAAGAAAACUAAUAGUCCAUGUAAAGAUUUUGGUGAUGGUAAUCCACUUAGUGUUGAAAGGAAAGCUUGUAAUCAUAUCGCGGCAGGUUUAGACUACAUUAACCGAGUUCAGGUCACUCAGAACGGCCAGUCGAGUGCAAAAGAAGAUGACAAGUUUUUUAAACAAUCUAUGAUGUGCGCAGCACUUAAUCUUUAUGCCACUAAAAUAAGAGACGCUACGGAUAAAAGUUGUCCCAUUGGUGAGGAUAAAAUAAAUAGAAUGUUUGCUGAUUGGAAUCAACAGAAUAAUCCAAAUUCUUCGUCUCCGAAUUCGUGUUCGAAUGGAGUUUACGGUUGUUUUGAAUGCAAAAGGGAAGAAAAAAUUUUGGACGGUUGCGACCUCCUCGUUGAUAAAGAUCUCAUUGGAACAUCAUCACAAUCACAAAGUGGAACUUGCAAUACUGACGCAACUAACGUGGAGACUCAAAUGGAAGGUCUCCUCAAAGACAGCGCCAUUAACAACACCAUGCAAAAAACAUUAUCCAACAUAAAUGAAAUGAAAUCUUCUUUUUGUACUCAAGUCCAAUGCGCAAUUAAACAAAAAUUGAAGAUCAAAAAUGGACAAGCAACCUCAAGUGGAACGAUCACACAACCUUGGAAUGCCUUGAAAGAAGAUAUCGGAAGGGAAUUAACAGCACUUUUAAAAAAUAUGAACGACGCUACAAAGCAGAAGGACGUUGAACAGUACUGCAAAAACGACACUAAUUGGAACAAUAAGGGCCAUACAGAAAGGCGAACAAAUAGAGCAGCUUGUUUGCAUUUUGCUGCAGGACUGCAGCACAUUUAUGGCCGUCCCAACGGCCAAAAGAAGGGCCCUGUUAAUGGCCCAUCGUUUGGACAAACGAUGGGUUGUUUAUUUCUUAAAGAAUAUGCAAAACAAUUGCAAAAAGUGGCAAAUAAGAAGAAGCAAGGACAUAGUUGGGUACAUCCUCUUUGUAGCAUAGAGGAUGGUAUAAACUACGCUUUCAAACAGAGUAAAGUCAUUAUGGAAGCAACACCUCCAUGUAAAGAUACUAAUGUUCCUAAUUCUUGUUUUGUGUGCAAAUUUGAGGAAGGUUAUAAUAAAUGCAAAAUUGGCAAUGACGAAAUAAAGACCAACGUGGAACCUCUACUCCAAAGGAAACAAACCCAAAUGGAAGAAACAUUAUCGAAUACAGUCUGUCCCAUCCUUCUUACGGAUCUCCUUACCCCUUUUCUUCCUUUGGCUCCUGUUUCCAUUGGCCUUUCUGCUAUGGCUUAUUACUUUUGGAAGUAUUUUGGUCCUCUUGGUAAAGGAGGACAACGUUUCAGAAGAUCUCCUGCUCAAGUAUCUCGUCCAUCUGUGCAGGAACAACUCCUCGAUCAUGUGGAAGAAGCCGGUCCACAUGAAUAUCAAUUGGUGAAGGAACGAAAACCUCGAUCUGCUCCAACAAGAACGAAACGUUCUGGUCGCGUAAAUCGUCGCACGAUUAUUGAAAUUCAUUUUGAAGUGUUGGAUGAAUGUCAAAAAGGGGACACACAAUUGAACCAGAAGGAUUUUCUGGAACUUUUGAUUAGAGAGUUCAUGGAAUCCGAAUUAAUGGAAGAAGAACAGGUUCCUAAGGAAGAGGUUCCAAGUUUAGGUUCCGUGUUUAUGGUUUAA